AUGUCUUCCAAGGGAACCCUGAAGAAAAAGUCCAGUACCCCAAGUGGGUCAGCUACCGGCGAGGUGCCAGCCAAAAAGAUCAAAAUGCCCAAGUCCUUUAUAGUCAGACCUUCAGUUGGCUCGUCUCACAAGUCCAUGAUGAAGAUACAAGUCAACCCCGAGGUUGUGCAGGGUUUGGACUUAAAAGACGGUCAAUUCGUGUUCGUCAGCAAAGCUGAUAGUGGGCUUCCAGGUGUGCUAGCCCUUGUAUCGUCUUCUAACGAUUUGAACGACCAUCACGUCAUCAACAUGUCUUCAGGGCUACGAAGCUUAGGAGGCUUUUUGCUUGGUGACAGGGUGCAGCUUACAAAACACUUGGGGCAACCUGAUUACGCGAAGGACUUAUCUGUCUAUUUGGAGGAUUCCCAGGAAUUGACGGAAGCAAAGAGUAAUGCCAUCAAAAAGGCCCUUGACAACAUAGGCAUUGUGUACCCAGGAUUGAAGGUGACCAUCACAUCAGAAGAAUCAUUUGUCAUUCAUAUCAUUGAUGUGAAUGAAGAAAGUUUCGUCCAGUCAUUUGAAAAACUCAAUAUUGGGGAUAUAGACUCGGAUGUUGUACAGAUUAACACCGUUUCUCCAGCAUACAUUUUUCACCCAACGAAAACCGUCAUUCAAGAGAGCAAGGAAACUGCUCCUGCGCAUGAAAAAUACCCACAAUUGCCCCAAUUGCUCAAUUAUGGCCACAUUGGUGGUCUUUCUAAGCAAAUAGCCACAUUACAAUCUACAAUCGAGCUUCCUUUACACAAUCCCACAUUAUUUUCCAAUUUUGGUAUCUCUCCCCCCAGAGGUAUCUUGCUUCAUGGGCCUCCAGGAACUGGUAAGACCAUGUUGUUGAGGUGCGUUGCUAAUCAAACCAAUGCGCAUAUUCUUACUAUUAAUGGGCCCUCAAUUGUUUCAAAGUAUUUGGGGGAGACUGAAAAUGCAAUCAGGGAUAUCUUCGUUGAAGCCAGAAAAUAUCAACCCUCUAUUAUUUUUAUGGACGAGGUUGAUUCCUUAGUACCCAACAGAAACUCUGACGAUAGUGGGGAGUCCGAGUCUAGAGUGGUGGCUACCUUGUUGACUAUGAUGGAUAGCAUUGGGGAUUCCAGCAGAAUUGUUAUUGUUGGAUCUACAAACAGACCUAACACUAUCGAUCCAGCAUUGAGAAGACCAGGAAGAUUUGACCAGGAGGUCGAGAUCGGUAUUCCCGAUGUCGAGGCCAGAGGUGAUAUUUUGCAGAAAUUGUUUGGGAAGAUGAAUGUCUCCAAGCAUAAUUUGAGCUCCGAGGAUAUUACUUCAAUUGCUUCAAAGACUCAUGGUUAUGUUGGUGCGGACCUCACUGCUCUCUGUAGAGAGUCGGUCAUGAAAGCCAUCGCAAGAGGAUUGAAAGACCACAUCGACCAGGAAAAGAUCGUCUUGACUUUGGAUGAUGUUCUCUUAGCAUUGCCUGAUAUCAGGCCUUCGGCAAUGAGAGAAAUCUUUUUGGAGAUGCCAAAGGUGUAUUGGAGUGACAUUGGUGGCCAAGAAGAAUUGAAGAAAAAGCUCAUUGAAGUGAUCCAGUUGCCGUUAGAGGCCAGUGAGGCGUUCAGAAACUUGGGCGUUCUGGCACCAAAGGGAGUAUUACUUUAUGGUCCACCAGGAUGCUCAAAGACCUUGACGGCUAAAGCCUUGGCUACAGAGUCUGGCUUGAAUUUCUUAGCGGUCAAGGGUCCUGAAAUUUUCAAUAAAUACGUGGGUGAAUCGGAGCGUACAAUCAGAGAAAUCUUCAGAAAAGCAAGAGCUGCUGCACCAUCAAUCAUUUUCUUUGAUGAAAUCGACGCUAUUUCUGGUGAUCGUGACGGUGGCGGAACCUCAGCCUCCCAACAUGUGUUGACAUCAUUAUUGAACGAAAUUGAUGGUGUUGAGGAGUUGAAGGGAGUGGUUAUAGUGGCUGCCACCAAUAGACCAACCGAAAUAGAUGCAGCAUUGUUGAGACCCGGAAGAUUAGAUAGACACAUUUACGUUGCCCCUCCAGAUUACGAUGCUAGACUUCAAAUUUUGACUAAGGGAAGUUCCAAGUUCAAUUUCGACAAAGAAGAAGUUGACUUAUCCAAGUUAGCUCUCUUGACCGAGGGGUGCUCGGGUGCUGAAGUGGUUUUGUUAUGUCAAGAAGCUGGUUUGGCAUCUAUCAUGGAAAAUAAAUCAACAACUAAGGUCGAAAAGAGGCACUUUGACCACGCAUUGGCAGGAAUUUCGAGAGGUAUUACAAAGGAAAUGAUAGAAUACUAUCAAGAAUUCUCAAGUAGAAGCGGGUUGAGUAUAUAA